GUCAAAACCCAGAAAAUUCCUAAACCCUUGCCCAAUUUCCCCCAAAUCAAUGGCACCGAGAUUUCCCACGCGCCUCCUCCUCCGCCACCUCCUCCACCACCGAAACCAAUCCACCUCCACCGCCACCCCCUUCCCCAAAUCCCACCUCUUCACACAACCGCUCUUCAAUUCUCAAAAACCCUCCACCAUCUUCUUCAACCACCCCCAACGCCCAACUCUCCGGUUUCUAUCGACCCGUCCCGGCCGCUCCACCCGAUCCAAAAAGCCCGACAUCGGAGCCCGCGCUCGGCAGCUCCAGAACCGCCGACUCUGGACCUACGCCCUCACCAUCAGCUGCAUUGCCGGAUUCAUAGUCAUCGUGCUCAACCAAUUUCAGGACCAAUUGGUCUUCUAUGUCACCCCCACGGAAGCCCUAGCCAAGCACACCUCCGAUCCGAAGAAAUCCAAGUUCCGCCUCGGUGGCCUCGUCCUCGAGAACAGCGUCGCGCAGAUUCCAUCAUCGCCGGAGAUCCAGUUCGUCAUCACCGACCUGAUCACCGACAUUCUGGUCAAGUACGAGGGCAGCCUGCCGGAUCUCUUCCGCGAGGGGCACUCUGCGGUGGUCGAGGGGUUCAUCAGGCCGCUCGACGAGGAAAUGAAGAAGAAGGAGGAGGCGCUGUUGAAGAACUCUAGCAAAUUUGGGGUUUCUGAGAAGGCGAGGACCUUGGAGUGCUACUUCGCGGCGACAGAAGUUUUGGUGAAGCACGACGAGAAGUACAUGCCGGCUGAGGUUGCCAAUGCUAUUGAGAAGAACAAGAAGUUUAUUGAGGAGGAGGAGAAGAAUGGGAAAAACACUGCUAGUGUGAAGGCCUGAUGAAACACUCUUUCUGGUAAUGCUUUUUUGCUUAAAUUUUUGCUUGGAAAUGAUUUUUACAUAUUGGAUAUAGAAUGAGAAAGGGAGAGUAGACUAACUGAGGUUGAGGCAGCUGUGUACUUUUUAUGUAAUAAGAUUAUAAUAGUGGUACUAAAUGAAAAACAGUUGGCUUCAUUGCCACAACAAUUUUCUGGGUUUUAA